AUGGGGACGGCUCGCAUAUUUUCUAUCGGCAAGGCAGAAGAAGAAGUUAUAGAGCGUCCAUGGGCCACUGGAUUCAAUCCAACCAUUUUGGAGUCCACGUUGGUUGGCAUUGGACACAACAAAUCCUCAACAGCUUCAUUAAUGCUGGCAAGAGUCCAACCAUCAUUCCCAACCCAAUGUAACGGCACGAAUAAAAAAAGCUUGGACUCCUGCCGUCGAAACGGAAAAAAGAAAGGGGCAAGACAAGCAAAAGAUUCUAGCAUUCUAAAAAUCCCGAGCAUCCCAUAUCCCCUCAAAAGAAACGGAGACGAGUUUAACUUGUACAACACAAAUCGUUCUACUAGCACAUGUCUUCAUGGUAAAGAUGAAGUCCAAGACCAAAGCGUGCACAUGCUCUCCGAAAUGCCAUUGCUUCCGCCUUUUGUACAGGAUCCCCAUAACCUACGUCAUCCACAGCAGCAGUCCCAGUGGACUCCCUGUAUAGCUGGUCGAAUUAAAAGGGAGAGAAUUAACAGGUGA